AUGGGCCUUUCGAUCCGGAUAUCUGAUGAGUCUAGCCGAACUUCUCUGAGCACCUUAACUCUUGAAGGAGACGUGAAGAAUGCUGACCGCCACGUCAUGAGUCAACUUUUUCGACUCCAAACAACGAAUGAUCCGAAACUGGUUCCCUUUUUGCUUGAAAACAAUGAGCGGAGAAGAAAACAGUACCUGGAUGUUAUGAAAAACAGAUCGUUUAUGGAUAAGGCAAUUGAUCGGUUUGCACUCUAAGGAUCCUAGUUCCACGUCAUUUUCUUUUCCCUAAAACCAAUAAAAACUAGAAAGUUUGGAACAGAUAACAUCAAAAAGUCGAAAGUUUUGCGGAAAUGGAAAUGCGAACCGCUCGCAAAUCCGUCAUUCGCUAUGAAUUGUGCGUUUUUCUUGUAUCCCAUAAUAUUCAUUCUCGCCGUUUUCCUCUGGCUUCGACUGGAAAAGAUCGAGGUUUCUGCGCCGUUCAAUAAUAAUCUUUUAAUGAUCGAUUUUCAGCCGUACAAAAACUUUUACCUAAAAUUCCCGGAUCAACAAGAGUGCUUUCAGAAUCUGUUGAGAUUUAAUACGCAGGACAAAUCGUCAGAAGUACGAGAGAUUUGUAAAGUGCUCAUCUUUUGACGCUGUUUUUCCAGCUUUUCAGUCAUCUUCCUGUUUUUGUGAAUCAAUGCUCUUACAACUUGAUCCGUGUUUAUUUCAAUUCAGUGCGUGUUGGAAACCGAUCCGUUUUGUUUUUACCGAGAGAAAAGGUUCGAUUUGUUCAACGUUUUGAUAUCUUUAUCGGUAACUGAAAUAUCUUGUUUCGAAUGUACGGUAUUUUUAUGGUAUCUCCAGAUCAGAUGAACCAAUUGGGCUAAAACUUUCACUCAAAAUACUCCAUACCCCAACUGAUUACUCUGCAAAGUUACGGUCCAAUAGGAUCCUUCUCCUUUGUUCCAGGAAGUGAAAGAUGUAGUGGUGUCGCACAAACAAUUCGUGUUCUCCGACGACGAACAAUGCGUGAUAGUGCACGCCACGGAGCACAGCGACGACAUUCGGUUGGAACUCAAGAUGAAGGUCGAGUCUCUCUCUCUUUCUCUUUCUCUCUCUCUCUCUCUCUCUCUCUCUCUCUCUCUCUCUCUCUUUCUCAUAACUAAACUCCUCGUUUUCCCUCAUUUCAGAAGGCGUUUCCGUCGUGUAAAGUGGUGAAAGUGAGCACUCAGGCGGCUCCGGACAUGGACAAUCAAGUGGAGGUCUUCCGAGUGAAACUGAGAAUGACUUUCGAGAAGCACACCGCCCGUUCGGACCAAAAGAUUGUCGAUCUGGACACUUUCACUCGGAUACACCUUAAGAACAGAUAUAUCGGUUGGUCGGACGGGACGAGGUAAUGUACAAAAAGAGGAUUUGUUUCAGAAGCCCUUUAUUUGGAUGAAUCAGUUCCGUUUGAAGAUCUUCUCGACUAUUCAAGUCAGCAAGAUUUUGGGAAACUAUUUCCGGUCUGUCAACUGAGUGUAAUGAUAAAACGACCUGAAACGAAGAACGAGGAAGUGAAGUUUUGGCGUUUCGUCCGAUAUUUCAUUGUCGAUUCGCAGUGAGCUUCCAGAGAACUUUCCAAUCAUCUCCAAAUAAGCUCAGAAUGGUUUUGGUCUCUUCUCGCAUCAUCAAUCACAAUCUCAUCGACGUCGUCUUCUACAACGCCGUGCACCCCUCCUGCAACUUCAAGUACCCCCCGUGCUCGAUCUUAAAUAUAAAUAUCCGCCUUCAUUUCAGACACUUUUCGAUCCCGUUCGACAUGAAAGGAAACAAAUUCUGA